UCAAAAGCAUUCCCUUUCAGGAAGAUGUCUCUGAAACAGACUUCAGUUUUUCUGUUGAUACAGCUCAUAUGCUACUUUAGACAUGGAGCCUGUGGCAAAGUGCUAGUGUGGCCCACAGAAUACAGCCAUUGGAUAAAUAUCAAGAUUAUUCUGGAUGAACUUGUGCACAGAGGUCAUGAAGUCACCGUUCUUGUAUCUUCUGCUUCUAUUCUCAUCCAGCCUACCAAUGAAUCUUCUAUCAAUUUUGAGAUUUACCCUGUACCUAUGAGUAAAGAUGAUCUUGCAUUUGCUUUUGGAAAAUGGGUAGAUGAAUGGACAUAUGACUUUCAAAAACAUUCAUUCUGGACAUAUUAUUCAAAAAUGCAAAAAGUCUUCAGUGAAUAUUCAGACAUCAUUGAAAGUUUCUGCAAAGCAGUAGUUUGGAACAAGAGUCUUAUGAAGAAACUCCAAGGAUCUAAGUUUGAUGUCAUUCUCGCAGAUGCCAUAGGUCCCUGUGGUGAGCUGCUGGCAGAACUGCUUAAGACACCUUUGGUGUACAGUCUCCGCUUCUGUCCUGGAAACAGAUAUGAGAAGUACAGCGGGGGGCUUCCACUCCCCCCUUCCUAUGUGCCUAUGGUUCUGUCAGAAUUAAGUGACCAUAUGACAUUUGUGGAAAGGGUGAAGAAUAUGUUACAGGUGCUGUAUUUUGACUUUUGGUUCCAAACAUUUAAUGAGAAGUCCUGGAGUCAGCUUUACAGUGAUGUUCUAGGGAGACCCACUACAUUAACUGAGAUGAUGGGGAAGGCAGACAUAUGGCUCAUUCGAACUUUCUGGGACCUGCAAUUUCCUCACCCAUUCUUGCCUAACUUUGACUUUAUUGGAGGAUUCCAUUGCAAACCAGCCAAACCACUGCCUAAGGAAAUGGAAGAAUUUGUUCAGAGCUCUGGAGAACAUGGUGUGGUGGUGUUUUCUCUGGGAUCAAUGGUUAAAAACAUGACAGAGGAAAGGGCCAAUGUAGUUGCUUCUGCUCUUGCCCAGAUUCCACAGAAGGUUCUGUGGAGAUUUGAUGGUAAGAAACCAGACACCUUAGGAUCCAACACUCGGCUCUACAAGUGGAUCCCACAGAAUGACCUUCUUGCUAUAAAGAGAAUGCCAUGAGAUUAUCCAGAAUCCAACGUGACC